AUGGUCCACAAUGGUCCAUCUGACAUUGGUGGACGUGAAAGUUUUAUUCAAACUAAUUUGGUGUCGACUUCACAAUCAGAUGAUGAUAUUUUAAAGUUGGAGUUACAAAAAUUUUGGGAAUCUGAUCCAAUGACAUUACUUUUAACGGGGAACGAUAUUUUAAAACGGCUUACUUCAUUACAAAGAAAGUUUGAGAAAAACCCUGAAUUAAAACAACGAUACCAAGAAGUAAUAACCUCAUAUGAAAAUCAAAACAUUAUAGAGAGAGUCUAUUAUCCAGGUGUACCUGGAAAAGUGCGUAAUCUACCUCAUCGUGCAGUAAUUCGAGACGAUAAAGAGACAACAAAGUUACGUGUAGCGUUUGAUGGUUCAGCAAAAGAGAAUGGUCCUUCAAUCAAUGAAAGCUUGUAUACUGGACCAUGUUUGCUGACAUGGAUAUAUAGUACACUUUUACGUUUUCGCAUGUUCAAGAUAGGACUAAUAUCUGAUAUCCGCCAAGCGUUUCUAAAUGUUGGUAUAUGCAACGAGCUUAAAUAUUUAUUAAGAUUUAUAUGGUAUGAUGAUAAGAAUAACUUGUUAUUUAUUUACCGUUUCUUGCAAAUAGUAUUUGGAAUCACAAGCAUUCCUUUUUUGUUAAAUACUACUAUUAAAAAGCACAUGGAAAAUUAUUCAGAUGCAUUUAAAGAAUUUACUAAAAAAUUUCUAAAAGACUUAUUUGUUGAUGAUUCUACGGUUGGUGUGAACACAUUGAGUAAAGGUAUUCAAUUUUAUGAAUUUAUAAAAGAAGCUAUGAACAAAGGAAGAUUUAAUCUUCGAAAGUGGUUUAGUAAAUCACCAGAGUUAAGUGAGUACAAUGCAGAUAAAAAGAAAAAUAAAGCCUUGCUGAAUCAGGAAGAUAGUUAUGUAAAGUUUAAAUUAAAUAGAAGUAAUUAUAUGGAAGUUAAUUGUGUAAGAGUUUUGGAACUAUUAUGGAAUGGUAAAAGCGAUGAGCUCGAGUUUAAAUUUUCGGCUAUUGUACAAGAAGCCUUGAAUUUGUCCUUAACUAAAGGAAAUUUGCUUAGUGUAGGAGCUAUAUUUUAUGAUCCAUUGGGUCUUAUUUCACCAAUUGUUAUUGUGACAAAACUAUUAUUUCAAGCUUUGUGUAUUGAUAAACUUGAUUGA